GGGGAGCCUAGGGGACCCCCACCCGACGCUGAGUGACGCCCACGGUCACUUCACAAGGCAGAAAUUGUUACCAAGGUAAUAAAAGGCGCCGCAGCGGCGGGGGCCCGGGAGUGGGCACAUGGGGGUGCGGGUGUGCAGAUGCCAAGCGCCAUGGGUUAGGCCCGAGAUCGGAGUCCGGCCGCCCCCCCGACAGCAGCCGCCUCCUGCUCCCCGCGCACCCCAGGCGCCACCAUGUCAGGCGACAAACUUCUGAGCGAACUCGGCUAUAAGCUGGGCCGCACGAUAGGAGAGGGCAGCUACUCCAAGGUGAAGGUGGCCACGUCCAAGAAGUACAAAGGCACGGUGGCCAUCAAGGUGGUGGACAGGCGGCGCGCGCCGCCAGACUUCGUGAACAAGUUCCUGCCCCGCGAACUGUCCAUCCUGCGGGGCGUGCGGCACCCGCACAUCGUGCACGUCUUCGAGUUUAUCGAGGUGUGCAACGGUAAGCUGUACAUCGUGAUGGAGGCCGCCGCCACCGACCUGCUGCAGGCCGUGCAGCGAAACGGGCGCAUCCCUGGGGCUCAGGCGCGGGACCUGUUCGCGCAGAUCGCCGGCGCUGUGCGUUACCUGCACGAUCACCACCUGGUGCACCGCGACCUCAAGUGCGAGAACGUGCUGCUGAGCCCUGACGAGCGCCGCGUCAAGCUCACGGACUUCGGCUUCGGCCGCCAAGCGCACGGCUACCCAGACCUGAGCACCACCUACUGCGGUUCGGCCGCCUACGCGUCGCCCGAGGUGCUCCUGGGCAUCCCCUACGACCCCAAGAAGUAUGACGUGUGGAGCCUGGGCGUCGUGCUCUACGUCAUGGUCACCGGGUGCAUGCCGUUCGACGAUUCGGACAUCGCCGGCCUGCCCCGGCGCCAGAAGCGCGGGGUCCUCUACCCCGACGGCUUAGAGCUCUCCGAGCGCUGCAAGGCCCUGAUCGCCGAGCUGCUGCAGUUCAGCCCGUCAGCCAGGCCCUCGGCAGGCCAGGUGACGCGCAACAGUUGGCUGCGCGCGGGAGACUCGGGCUAGCAGCCCAGGGUCCCAUUCCCGCUGCCUCGGGCGCGG